GUCUGUUUCCCGCCAUCUUGAACUUGGCCAGUAACGCACUGAUCAGCAGCAACGCCACGUGUGGAGACCCUGAACCGGAGGUUUACUGUAAACUGGUGGAACAUGUUCCAGGGCGACGGAUCAAGAACCCUCACUGUCCGAAAUGUGACGCCAACUCCAUCCUGACCAAAGAACGCCAUCCCAUCACUAACGCCAUCGAUGGAACCAAUCAGUGGUGGCAGAGUCCAAGUAUUAAAAAUGGACGUCAGUUUCACUGGGUCACCAUCACUCUGGACCUCAAACAGAUCUUUCAGGUCGCUUACGUCAUCAUCAAGGCCGCCAACUCCCCUCGACCAGGUAACUGGAUCCUGGAGCGCUCUCUGGAUGGUGUGACCUUUGACCCCUGGCAGUAUUAUGCUCUCAGUGACUCUGAGUGUUUGUCCCGUUACGACGUGACCCCGAGACUCGGACCACCGACAUACAAGAGCGACACAGAGGUCAUCUGUACAUCGUACUACUCCAAACUGAACCCUCUGGAACACGGAGAGAUCCACACCUCUCUGAUUAAUGGCCGACCCGGAGCUGAUGAUUUGACCUCUGACCUCCUGAACUUCACGUCAGCUCGUUACAUUAGACUGAGGCUUCAGAGAAUCAGAACGCUGAAUGCGGACCUGAUGACGCUCAGCACCCGGGACCCUCGAGACAUAGAUCCCAUCGUGACCCGGAGGUAUUAUUUCUCCAUCAAAGACAUCUCAGUGGGCGGGAUGUGUAUCUGCUAUGGCCACGCCCAGAGCUGCCCGCUCGACCCCGUCUCCAAGAAACUACAGUGUGUGUGUGAACACAACACCUGUGGAGAGAGCUGUGACAAGUGUUGCCCUGGUUACAACCAGCAGCCAUGGCAACCCGGAACCAUCUCUGAGGGAAAUACAUGUGAACAGUGUAACUGUCAUAACAAAGCAGUGGACUGCUUCUACAAUCAGACGGUCUCUGAUCUGUCUCUGAGUCUGGACCCUCGAGGACUUCGACGAGGAGGAGGAGUCUGUCUCGACUGUCAACAGAACACCGCCGGCAUCAACUGUGAGACCUGCAGGGACGGAUACUACAGACCAGCAAAGGUUUCUCCGUAUUCAGACUCUCCGUGUGAGGAGUGUGACUGUGAUCUGAGAGGAUCGGAGUCUUCAGUCUGCAGCAGAGACCAGGACCAGCCAGGUCAGUGUGUGUGUAAGGAGGGUUUUACAGGUCGACGGUGUGAUCGUUGUGCGUUUGGAUACAGAGAUUUCCCCGGCUGUGUUCACUGUGAGUGCGACCUGUCCGGCAGCGUGAACUUUGACCCCUGCAGCCCCUGCGUCUGUAAGGUGAAUGUGAUGGGAGCUCACUGUGACCUGUGUAAGCCAGGUCAUUAUAACCUGCAGGGGAGUAACGCUGUUGGCUGCACCGACUGUUUCUGUUUCGGUGUGUCGGACGUUUGUGAGAGCUCCGCCUGGUCAACAGCUCAGGUUUAUCACUCAGAGGCUCUGCUGCGCUCCUCCCAGUCCCCAAACAUCAACUCUGUCGUCUCCGGCAAUGACCUGCCCGUCCUGAGCAACAGCUCCUCAGCUCAUACUCACCAACACGUGCUGUCCUGGGAGGCCCCCAAGAGUUUUCUUGGCCACAAGCUGGUGUCAUACGGAGGCUUCCUGAACUUCUCUCUUCGUUAUGACGUCCCGUUGGAUAAUGAAGACCAUUCCCUCCCCGCUUAUUGUGACAUCAACAUCGAGGGGAACGGUCAGGGACUGCGUCGCUCACUUCCUGUCCUGGCCUUUCUCUCCCCUCUGGCUGAGCGAUCAAUUUCCAUUGCAAUGGCUCCAAGGGGAUUUGUGGAAGUCCGGACAGGCCGUCACAUCACCCGUGACGACCUGCUGUCAGUGCUCGCCGAUGUGACUACACUCAGAGUCAAAGUUCACCUAAACGCCUCUGCUGAGGGGCCGAUACAUCUCAGGUUCCUGUCUUUGGACGUGGCUGACCCGGUCUCUGUAUCCGGUGAUCAGGCAGUUGCCGUGGAGAUGUGUGAGUGCCCGUGGGGGUACAGCGGGACUUCCUGUGAGGCGUGUCUCCCGGGGUUCUUCCGGGUCGGUGGAGUUUUAUUUGGAGGAAACUGUCUGCAGUGCGAAUGUAACGACCACGCCACCGAGUGUAACAGCGAAGGCGUUUGCACGGGUUGUACCCAUAACACCACAGGUCAUCACUGUGAUCAGUGUCUCCCUGGUUUCUACGGAGACGCCACGGAGGGCACAGCAGGUGACUGUCAGGUGUGUCCGUGUCCUCUGAGGGCGCCAUCCAACAGUUUCAGUCCUACCUGUGUUCUGGAGCCAACUGGACAGGUGUCAUGUGACCAGUGUCAGGAGGGGUACACAGGAAGGAACUGUGAGAGGUGUGCCAGUGGUUUCUAUGGGAACCCUCAGGUACUGGGAGGGACCUGUGUCCGCUGUGAGUGUAACGGUAACGCCGACACCAGGGAGGCGGGGCAUUGUGACACCAUCACCGGGGAAUGCCUACGUUGCCUUGGCAACACUUUUGGAAGACACUGUGAGGUCUGUCACCCUGGUUACUAUGGAGAUGCUGUGCACGCCAAGGACUGUCAGGAGUGUAGCUGUGAUGUCAGCGGCGCCCUCCCCAGUACGUGUGAUGUCACAACAGGUCAGUGUCUCUGCAGAGACAACGUGACCGGGCGCACCUGUGACCGCUGCCAGUUUGGGUUCUUCGGGCUACAGAGUGGGCGGGGCUGCCAGGCCUGUGGCUGCAGCCAAUCAGGAUCCCUCACUGAGUCAUGUGACGAAGAGGGGCGGUGCCAGUGUGCUGAAGGCUUGACUGGAGACCAGUGUGACCGCUGCGGCCGAGGUUUCUAUGGUUUCGGUGCCGAUGGCUGCACAGCAUGCAACUGUGAUCUCACUGGAGGGAACUGUGACCUUGAGAGCGGUGAGUGCAUCUGCCCAGCCCACACACAAGGAGACGCCUGCGACCGGUGUGACCCGGACCACUGGGGUCACGACCUCGGCGUGGGCUGCAAGCCGUGCAGCUGCAGUGCGUCAGGAAGCUCCGCCCCCCAGUGUGACCUCAUCAAUGGACAGUGUCCCUGCAUGACAGGGUUCUCAGGCAGGUCAUGUGAUCAGUGUGCACCUGGUUACUAUGGUUACCCAGAAUGCUCAGCAUGUGGCUGCGACAUGGCGGGAACGGACGAGAAAUUCUGCAAUGCAACGCUCGGAGUGUGUGACUGUGGACACACUGGAGAGUGUGUGUGCAAGGUGGGCGUGUCCGGGCGCCGCUGUGAGGAGUGCGUCUCUGGGUGGUUCGCUCUGUCAGCUGACGGCUGCUUGCCAUGUUUCUGUUCAGGACUCAGUUCAGACUGUGAGGAGAGAGGAGACCUGUUCAGAUCCCCUAUAACUCUGGCUCGCUCGCCCCCUCUCCUGUCAUUGGUCAGUCAGUCAAAUCUGCAGGGUGUAUUUUCUGGCGUCUUCCUGCAGGGCGAUGAUAUGCUGCUCGACACCCGACACCUCAAUACCAGCGGGCUGGCUGGCCCCCUCUACUGGAGACUACCCCCCCAGUUUGAAGGACACCAGCUGUUGUCGUAUGGCGGAGUUCUCUCUUACAUCAUCACCUUCUACGCUGAGGAUGGGGUGGGGUUGUCCAAUCAGGAGCCUCAGGUGAUGAUGAGGGGCGGGACUCUGAGGAAGCUGGUGAUAUACGCUGACAUGGUUGCCCCUGGCAACAGCAUCAGGACACGGCAUGACAUCAUGAUGACAGAGCACAAGUGGAAGUACUUCAACUCGGUUUCGGACAGCUCAGUGACUCGCUCUGACUUCCUGUCUGUCAUCAACGACCUCGAAUACAUCGCCGUCAAAGCGUCGUACGGAACCACACUGUUACAGAGCAGGAUAUCAAACAUCACCAUGGAAACAGCAGUGGGGGCGGAGUUCAUGGAGGGAUCAGAGGUUAAUGUGGCCGUGGCCAGAAACAUUGAGUCCUGCAUUUGUCCAACUGGAUACACUGGACACUCCUGUCAGGACUGUGCUGCAGGUUUUUUCCGUCAGCUUGUGUCUGAGAUGUCGUCUCAGAGUUUGAAGUCUCUGUUCGUUCUUCCGUGUGUUCCGUGUCGCUGCAACAACCACAGCGAGAGCUGCGACCAAGAGACCGGACUCUGUCAGGGUUGUCAGCACCACACCACUGGGCGGCGCUGUGAGCUGUGUGCCUCAGGUCACUAUGGGAAUGUGAGCGGCUCCGUCAGUGAUUGCUCCCUGUGUGCUUGCCCCCUACAGGACAACAGUUUCAGUCCCAGCUGUGUAGCAGAAGGAGCGUUGGGGGAUUUCCGCUGCACCGCCUGUCAGGAGGGAUAUGAGGGAAGAUACUGUGAGAGGUGUUCUGUUGGUUACUAUGGUAACCCAUCAUUGACCAACGGGCUGUGUUCACCCUGCACCUGCAGUGGGCGGGGCUCCCUGCAUCCGCUCUGUGACACACUAACCGGACAGUGUGACUGUAAGGCCGGGGUCAGAGGUCAGUCAUGUGACCAGUGUGAAGAGAGACACAUCCUGCAGGAGGGCGAGUGUGUGUCCUGUGAUGACGAGUGUUCUGGUGUUCUAUUGGACGACCUGGAGAAAAUUCACAACUACUUCCUGUCAGUCAACCUGAGCAGCGUUGCCAUGGCGCCGUACAGUCAGCUGGUGAUGGCGGAAAACCAGACGAGAGAGUUCCAGGUGCAGUUUUACAUGAACACGUCUGUCGCUGUGCGGUUGUCCAGAGUGGAGGAUGAGCUGAGUCACAUGACCUCUGACCUCAGCGUCAUGAUGCCGCAGGUCGCACAUUUCUCUAACCACCUGGAGAAAGUGUCCAUGUCCACCAGGAACAGCGUUUCCCAGAGUGCACUGCUGCUAGAGAGCAUCAGCAACCUGCAGGACAACAUUCAGGAGCUGCAGUUUGAGGCGGGGCUUCUGAACCAGACUACAGGAGUGGAGCUUGAUUCAGCCAAUCAGACACGUCUGCUGGAGGAGGUGGAGUCCAUGUUGGAUGCCAUCAGAGCAGUCGAGCUGACAGCUGCCAGCAUCGCAGCCAAUCAGGAGCUCAGUCUCUCAGAGUCUCUGGUCCAGAUGCUGCAGUUGGACUUUAUGUCGAACAGAGUGGCAGUCGACGAAAGGCUCCGCCCCCUCUCAGCCUCCCUUCCAGUUGGCAGAACACUGCGGUUUAUACAAACACAUCUGAAUGAUGCUGCAGCAAGAAACAGGCAGUCACACACUCUGCUGGACUCAACACACACUCUGCUGGACACACACAAGUUGCUCCAUCAGAACCUGAGUGCUCAGUGUGCGUCUGUAGACGAAGUGACGGAAGACACACAACUGCUGCUGGAAGACACAAUCAUCAUCACACAGGAGCUAACAAACACCACCACG